UACCAUUUUUCAAUUUAUUCAUAUUUGGCGCGAACAUACGUUAUCAUUUAGUGUUCGAGUCUUUUCUUGUCAAAAACAAGUUGUCAUCAAGAAAUGAUGGCUUUCUUUUUGACUGGACAACCUCUUGCCUUUAGAUUCCUUCUAAACCAGUAGAUUUGAUGUCGAGUUAUUCUAAGUGAGCACAGUGCUAGAAAUAUCUGUUUCACCCAGUAAUAUAUGUACCAUGCUCAAUGAUAUGAGACCAUGUCAGAGGAAAACAUCAAGAACAGUGUGAAUGGGUCAGGAUGCAAACGAUAUACCAUACCUAGGAAACAACGACUACUCAGUGAAGAUUGUCAGCAAGGGAUUCCUUUAGAUUCUCGUGAAGCCAGGGAACUCAUCCAGACAGUGCAUCACUUGACAUGGGAAUCAGCUGAAGAAUUUGAUCGUAAUUUUGUUGUUUCAAAAAUCUACAAAGUUGAGAAUCAAGUUCUUGAACGUGAGUUCCAAACAAAGCGCACAGAACUACGUGAUGAAGGCAGGUCAGCAAAGGAACUGUCAGAACAUUAUGCGUUUAAGGCUGAAUAUUAUGGGACAACAGUCAAGGAACAGUGUAUGAAAGGCCUCUCUUGUAAUGGCAGCAGUAAUGUCCUUGGGGAUGGAAAGAUGGGUGUCAAUGUUUGGAAGUGUCCUGAUUUGUGUUUAAAGAGCUUGAAGUGGCCAGAUUCAUGGACAAUUUUCUUAAUUGUAUUUAGAAUUGUCAAGGGAAGAGUCAAACCUGUGACACCCAAACAACCAAACCAAGAUACCAACCUGGAACCAACACCAAAUUAUGACUGUCAUGUGGCUAAAAAUGUACACUACUCAUCUACAACUGAUGUUGCUACUCUAAUGAUCAAAACACAGUACUACCUAUAUGAGUAUAAUGAAGAAGGAUUACCAAGAGACAGGCCACGACAUUGCUUGCCAUUUGCUGUGAUUCAUGUGAAUAAAGCUUUCCCUACUCAACCUGAGAUCAAACAGCUAGAAUCUAUACCAGUACAUCUUGCCUCCAGUGACAAUGUUCCUGAUAUAUCAGCUCAGGAAACAAAAGUGCAGUAUUUGACAGAGGAUGAUGGUAAGAUGGCAUGGCGUGGUCUGAUCGGCAGCAAGGAGUCUAGUCUAGGUGUAGUUGCUAUCAUGGCUGGUCACAAAUUGGGUCUCACGCUAUGGAAAUCGUUUAUUGAUGUUAGGAAUAAAUUACCGCUGAAUAGUCUACUACAAGUUAUCCCAGGAGACAUAAGGACAGCUUGGAACAAACCACUUUAUUACCGCGGCCAUACAUUCAGUUUAUGUGUGUUAAAGCCCUGUGGCCCGGCAGACAAGUUCAUCAGCUUCAUUAAAUCUCUUUCCAUGAGGGACCAUGCUGCUGGUGUAGUUACAGUAGACAGCGGCACAGUCAUGUUUCUAGUUCCUUCCAGCAAGCUGUCCGUAGAGUUAGGCUUCUGUCAAGAUGAAGAACCUUGGCGUAUGUUUUGUAUCGUGAGAAGACGUCUUCGCAGAAUUUCACCUUCUGAAUUUGACACACAGUCUUGCUUAAACACAGAAGCUAAUCUACCCACUUCCAUUGAACCACAAGGGCUAAACAUCAACUUGAAAUUCGAAGUACCCAACCUUGCUAAAGAAAUUCAAGAAUUAAAGGUUAAAGACCCUUAUCACCCGCCAAUAGGGUUCGCCUUUAGUAGGUCAAAGUCAGUGGAUUGUGGAAACACUACUUCUAGAAGCAUGCUAAGGAGGAGAGUGAGCGAUACAGGCUGUGACUACAGUAAGGACAAGACCAACCAUCAUUCUAGGCUGCAGCAGCAAUCAAUGACAAAACAACCACUAUUAUCUACACCACCACGACCACAACUACUAUUACAACAACAAGUCCAGCAGCAACAACAAAUACCACACCAGCCAUGCCCCGUAUUACCACCACCGACACUUGGAACACAGCAAAAACACCAACAUCCACAUCAACCACUGGUGCCUCUUCACCCGCCACAACACCAGCUUCGGUCAUCAUCACCACCAUCAACAGUAUCUACACCCACACCACCACUACUACCUACACCACAACAACCGCUUCUGUCAUCAUCACCACCAUCAACAGUAUCUACACCCACACCACCACUACUUCCUACACCACUACAACAACUACCACAGCAACACCACCAACCACCACAACAUCAGCCACCACCAGCACAACGCCAUCGGAGACUAUCACCGCUACUACCUACACCACCACAGCAACACCCACAAGGGCUGCUAUCACCAUCAACAGUAUCUACACCCACACCACCUCUAUUACCUACACCACAACAACAACCACUCCCAUCACCACGACCACCACAGCUUCCAGCACUGUCUUCGCAAGUUAAGUAUCCUGAUGAAGGCAUCGAAACAAAGCAACAAACCCUUGCUUUUAACAAUGACUUUUCAAAGAACGUGAGCUUGUUUCAGUUUGACAGCAUUCCAUUCCUUGAACACACAGUCAGUCACGAGGGAUGGCACGUGACUAGUGGUAACCACGGCAAUGAUUCUGGACAUGACGUCAUAAUGGAUCAAGCUGAUAGAAUCUGUUCGUCUAAUCAGACUAAAUCGACUCAAAAAGACAACAAAACUGUCAAAGAAGAUAUUCGUAACGAUGAUAAAUAUCAUAAACAUCUACAUACUUUAGUUCCAUGUACAAAUAGCAGCAAAAAUGCUUUAGGUGACAAGUCAGRGGAAACUAAAGAUAACCCAAUGAAGACAUCGUCUCACCAAGUAUCGUACAGCAUAACAGACAAUGAACCUUCUACGACCAAGAACAUGAAGAAAGACGAUCAACCGUGCACUCUACAACUGCCAUCACGUGACCAUGGAUUGCCGUCAUCACGUGAUUUAAGUCCCAGGUCCUUGGGUGUGUAUACUAAACAUAAGGAGACUCUGAAAUGGAAGUCAAGUUCAACAGGAAAUGAACGUGAGAAUGUUAAAAAGAGAAAGUUAGAUUUUGGGAAUGAGCAGGACAACCAGCAAGAUAUUCUUGAUCAAGACUCGUCUAGAAGUUUAUCUGAUGAGUGUGUUGAUGUUGUAUUAAGUGAAGAGCAAGUCAAGGACAGUGAACGUAGAUGGACGAGUGGUUUACAGGUCAUCGAGCUUUUGUUGAUUGAACAGAAGUUCCAGGAAAUUGAAGAGAAAAUAGAAAUUCUAGAUAAACAAAAUGCAUUUGAGAUCCUCGACGUCGAUUCAAUAACUGAAAUAGAUGAAUAUGGGGAAACGGUGAAAGAAUUGACAGAUAACGAUGAUGGUGUUAGUGUUGGUAGCACAAAAACAGAUGGUGCGCUUGCUAAUCAAUCACUAGAACAGAAAGCAGUACACGCUGCAGAGGGGAGUCUCACCAAUACCAAUAUAACGCAUGAUGGUGUUGGUGUUGGUGUUGGUAGCACAAAAACAGAUGGUGCGCUUGCUAGUCAAUCACUAGAACAGAAAGCAGUACACGCUGCAGAGGGGAGUCUCACCAAUACCAAUGUAACGCAUGAGUAUAAUAUGAAAGAUAAAAUCCAGUGUAGUAAAGAUGAGGAUUUAGACAUGAAGCCUGAGGAAGCCAUAUUUAUACAAACAGCUGCAAAGAACACGUCAGAAUUGCCUACAUCUGUAUAUUGCACCCAACAGCUACAGACCAGUACCAUGUCCAUGUCCAGUCAGCAAAAAGACCUCAUCAACAGUACCAUGUCCGGUCAGCAUCAUACCAGUACCAUGUCCAGUCAGCAAAAAGACCUCAUCAACAGUACCAUGUCCAGUCAGCAUCAUACCAGUACCAUGUGCAGUCAGCAUCAUACCAGUACCAUAUCCAGUCAGCAUCAUACCAGUACCAUGUCCAGUCAGCAAAAAGACCUUAUCAACAGUACCAUGUCUAGUCAGCAUCAUACCAGUACCAUGUCCGGUCAGCAUCAUACCAGUACCAUGUCCAGUCAUCAAAAAGACCUCAUCAACAGUACCAUGUGCAGUCAGCAUCAUACCAGUACCAUAUCCAGUCAGCAAAAAGACCUCAUCAACAGUACCAUGUCCAGUCAGUAUCAUACCAGUACCAUAUCCAGUCAGCAAAAAGACCUCACCAACAGUACCAUGUCCAGUCAGCAUCAUACCAGUACCAUGUCCAGUCAGGAACUUACCAACAGUACCUCUCCCUUCCUGGAUGAAAAGGAAAACAAAACCAAGACUUCAGAUGCACCAGAAAGUGAGAUGAAGUUUAAAGGAACAUCCAAGCCUGUGUUGUUUGACUCACACAAACGAAGUAUCUCAUAUCUAUAUAGCGGGUCGUCACACCUACUGUACAACCCUCCACCACUCAAAACACCACGCUUAGUCAACGCCAAUCCAUGCAUCACUCCAAGAUAUCAUCCAGGUGUUCUUCCUCCCAGGAUCAUUAAYACUCCCCUGCUACCCCUCCCUAAUGAAAGAUUUUGCCGUCUACCGUCUCUGCCUUCUAAUGGUCCAUGGUGCAUGCCUUUUUAUAGACAACCGCUGCCUUUCUUUCCAAACGGUUUUCCUUGCAGACCUCCAUUCGUGCCUAGACCUAACGUAGCUCAUUAUAUGUGCUAUGCAGACAUUAAGAAUAGAGUUUUAUAAAUUUGCAUUCAUUUAUUCAUUUAUUUUUCUCGUUUUUACUAAUUUUCGCCAGCGAUAAAUUAUCAGGAAAUUAAACUUCCGCGAAAAAAGAAUACUGCGAAGAUAAAUGACGCGAAAUGUAGUACUGUAGUGUUGAUGAUAUAGUGAUUUUAAAACCCAUUAACAGAUACAGGGUGACAGAAAGCAGUUAUGGAGUAGUCAACUAUCGCAAAAUUUAAGUUUCCACAAAAUGUACUGCUCUUAUUUUGUGAAAUUAAUUGACCGCGAAAAUUAGUAACAACGGGGUAUGUUAUGUUUUAUGAAUUGUUAUGGUUUUAUCAGCCAGCACGGGGUUGAGGAGAAAACUGAAACGAUGGCAUUGUGGAACUGUCUUGAGGGACAAAAUGGAUCCCAUCUUGGUAAUAAGUCCCCUGGAAUAGUCCCAUAAUGCACUGCAGUGUCAACUCGACCCAGUUUUCCCCUAAACCUCGGCAUGGCUGUACAUUGGCUAAUAGUUUAUUGGUCUGAGCGCAUUGUUUAGUUGCGUCCCUAACCAUGAGUGACUUCUGUAUGGAUAUUUUACGGUUCAUUGAAAUCACUCUAUCGCAUUUCAAGGUUAGGCAUUUUUUAUCAAACUUGAUAAGUAUUGAUACUGAAUAAUAAUAAACUUUUUAAAACAUUCAA